AUGACUGUCUCUGAGGACACCACAGCAUAUAUUGGCAGUUGCAACCCGCCGCGACGAGCAAAGCGUGCUCGAACUACUGCGGACGCAGCUGCCAACAGCAAACCUGCUGUUCCUAAUGGCACGCAACGUCGUCCUCACCUCCUACCCAGGACACCUCCGAGCUACAGGGAGCCUAUUCAUCCUGACUCCUCUGAUGAGGAUGAGGACGAUUACGACCCUGUCGUCUCAGCACCGGCACCUAAACGUCGUGGUCGCAAGCCUGGCCCGCUCUCUCGCUCUGCACGCGAGUCUCAGCGCAAGCUAAACCACUCUCGCAUCGAGAAGGCACGUCGAACGAAGAUUAAUGAGGCACUCUCUACUUUGAGCAGUCUCGUGAACGAUGCCGAGGCGAAGAAGAAUCCUCAGCAUGUCGUAUCUACAGAUACGAAGGGCAAAGAUGGAGGGAAGAAAUCGGAGAAGGAAUUCAAGCUGGACGUGUUGGUAAAGGCUGUUACUUACAUGCAGGAGCUCAUCUCGCACGUCAAAGAGCUGGAGAACCGUCGCUGCGCUCAAUGCGCAAUACCUGCUUCCACAUCUUCACCGACGUUGAGCGCCACUGGCAAACGCAAACGCGACGUUGACGACGUCGAGGUAGUGGAUGACAUCGAAAGCGAUGCUGUCGACGCCGACGACGAAAAGGCUGCUGACAAUGACGACGAAAUCGAAGAACUACUUCCACCUCGCCCACCUUCCCGCCGCACUUCCGUUCAACCCACUCCCUCUCCUCGUCUCCCUCCUAUCGCCUCUUGGCUUCCUCACCCAUAUGUCGAUCCCAGUUGCAUUGCUGCUUUGACAGAUGCGAACGCAAACAAUGCUCAGAUCACCUCGCACCUUCCCUCACCGCCUCUGUCAGGCAGCUUCCGAGUCGCAGCCCCUGAUAGCAUCAACUCACUUCCUUCUCUCACUUUGCCGGGUCCUGCACGUCCGGUGGAUACAAAUAAGCUGAGGCAAAGUCUCACCACUUCAACUCGACGUCUGUCUACGACCACGAUUGGGAGUUCAAGAAGUGCCAUCACUUCGCCUACCGUUUCACCAACAUGGACACCGGAGGAUGAGAAGCAUGCUGCUUCGAUGCUUUUGCAGAUGAGCACCUCUCCCAAUUCGACGGGGUCUUCCUUAGCCGGCUCUUCGGCAAAGGCGGUGAAGUCUUCGGCUCAUGGAAAAGGAACGGGUCCUUUGACUGUGCAGACUCCGAGUUCGUUGUUGGGAAUGUAAAUUCGAGACGCUUGACGUCGAGGAUCGGAAAUGAAGCUGAGGUCUACGACAUUCCUAUUCCCCGCACACUGACAUGAUAAUAUGAAGUCAUUCUAUGUAAUAGUAUAGAAGAGGCCAGGUGAUGUAUGGACGUUUUCGCGUAGCGAUAUUCUAUGUUGUAUGUAUUUUCUUCCUUUGUUGUAGUGAGUAGAUAGAUUUAAUGUACCUAUACGUGUGGAUACCCUCC